UCUAUUCACAAAAAUUCCAUUCUUUCUUUUUCUUAAUAUAAUACGAGUAAUAAUAAAUUUUAUUAUCAGGGUUUCAAUUUCAUCACAAUUUUAUCAAUUACUUAAUGGGUAAUUAUCAUCAUCAUAUUUUAGUUUAAACAACACAUUAAUCUCAAUUAACAAAAAAAAAAAGAAAAUGGGAGAAGAGGGAUCAUCAGGAAGUGCAACAAAAGGAGGAAUGAGUUCCAUGGAUUCAAUGGAAUCACACCGUUGGGUUUUUCAAGACUCACACGAUUCCGAUAUCGAAUUCGAUAGACAAAAUGAUUCUGAUUUGAAUGAUGAUGAUUCUACUAAUGAUAAUGGGGAUGAUGAUUUCACUUUUCAUAAUGAUUCUGAUGAGGAUGAUGAUGAUGAACAGGAAGACAGUUUGUAUCAGAAGUUGAUUCGUACUGGGCCCCGGAUUGAUUCGUUUGGUGUCGAAGCACUUGAGGUCCCUGGUGCUCAUAGGAGUGAUUUUGAGGAUGCUAGUUUCGGGAAGAGUAUUUUUCUUAUUUGUCAAACGCUUGGUGUUGUUUUUGGUGAUGUUGGAACUAGUCCACUGUAUACCUUCAGUGUUAUGUUCAGCAGGGCUCCAAUAGAGACAAAUGAAGAUAUUAUUGGAGCUUUGUCUCUUGUUUUGUAUACAUUGAUUUUGAUCCCACUGAUCAAGUACAUCCUCAUUGUUCUUCUAGCCAAUGAUGACGGAGAAGGUGGUACAUUUGCUUUAUACUCGCUCAUCUGUAGGCAUGCUAAGGUCAGUCUUCUCCCAAAUCAGCUUGCUUCUGACACACGCAUAUCAAGCUUCCGAUUGAAGGUUCCAUCUGCUGAACUUGAGAGAUCAUUGAAAAUAAAGGAGUAUCUUGAAACUUCGUUGACUCUGAAAAAGCUUGUUUUAGUGUUGGUGCUUGCUGGCACCUCCAUGGUCAUAGCUGAUGGGGUGGUUACACCCGCAAUGUCAGUGAUAUCAGCUGUUCGUGGUUUUAAGGUUGGAGUUCCGACAGUUGAGCAAGAUCACGUGGUGAUGAUUUCGGUUGCAUAUCUUGUUAUUCUGUUCAGUGUACAAAAGUAUGGAACAAGUAAAGUUGGGCUCAUUAUUGGACCAGCAUUGUUUAUAUGGUUUUGCUCUCUUGGGGGCAUUGGCAUCUACAAUCUUGUGAAACAUGAUAGCAGUGUUGUGAAGGCAUUUAAUCCUAUUCACAUCUAUUACUAUUUCAAGCGCAACUCAUAUAAAGCAUGGUACUCUUUGGGUGGAUGCCUCUUAUGUGCGACUGGUUCAGAAGCAAUGUUUGCAGACCUGUGCUAUUUUCCAGUGAGAACAAUCCAGAUGACGUUCGUUUUUCUUGUGCUUCCUUGUCUUAUGUUGGGUUACAUGGGCCAAGCCGCAUACCUAUUGGAUAGUGAUGGUGAUGCAACACAGGCUUUCUUUUCUUCCAUCCCAGAUGUUGCUUUUUGGCCAGUGUUUCUGAUUGCUAAUAUUGCUGCACUGAUUGCUAGUAGAACAAUGACAACAGCAACCUUCUCUUGCAUCAAACAGUCAACAGCCCUUGGUUGCUUUCCACGUCUUAAAAUUGUGCAUACAUCUCGCAAGUUCAUGGGUCAGAUCUAUAUUCCGGCCAUCAACUGGUUUCUAAUGGCAUCUGCGGUGCUGCUUGUAUGCACCAUUGCAAGCACCAAUGAGAUCGGGAAUGCAUACGGUAUUGCUGAGCUUGGGGUGAUGAUGAUGACUACUUUCUUAGUAACCCUUGUGAUGCUUCUUAUAUGGCAAAUAAACAUAGUUAUUGUGGUCCUAUUCUCUCUGAUUUUUCUUGGUUUAGAGUUGCUAUUCUUUUCAUCAGUCUUAAGUGGCAUCGGGGAUGGAAGUUGGAUCAUACUGGUUUUCGCUAUAGUUAUCUUUCUUAUAAUGUGCAUCUGGAACUAUGGUAGCAAGCUCAAGUAUGAAACGGAAGUUAAGAAAAAGAUGUCAAUGGAUGUAUUGCGUGAAUUGGGCUGCAAUCUUGGAACUGUUAGAGCUCCUGGUAUUGGAUUGUUAUACAAUGAACUGGUGAAGGGUGUGCCUGCGAUAUUUGGACAUUUUCUGACUACUCUUCCGGCUGUACAUUCAAUGAUUAUUUUCGUCUGCAUAAAGUAUGUCCCUGUUCCUGUUGUUCCUCAGAAUGAGAGAUUCUUGUUCAGGCGAGUCUGCUCCAAAGGCUAUCACAUAUUUCGUUGCAUUGCCAGGUAUGGUUACAAGGACGUUCGUAAAGAGAACCACCAAAUAUUUGAACAACUACUAAUUGAAAGCCUAGAGAAGUUCAUCCGUCGUGAAGCUCAAGAAAGAUCAUUAGAGAGUGAUGGGGAUGAUGAUGAUUCUGAUUUUGAAGAUGACCCAUCGCGUGUCCUUGUCGGCCCAAAUGGCAGUGUUUAUUUUGGUGUCAACGACACCGGUAAUGGGAUCGACAAUCACUACAUAACAAUCUCAGAAACAACCACUUCAAACGAGCCCGAUAAGGCUCCUGCCAACUCAGAUCCCGAGCAAAGUCUUGAGAACGAGUUGGCUUUCCUACACAAAGCCAAGGAGUCGGGGGUUGUUUAUCUUCUUGGACAUGGAGAUAUUAGAGCUAAAAAAGACUCAUGGUUUAUUAAAAAAUUGAUCAUAAACUACUUUUAUGCAUUCAUGAGGAAGAAUUGCAGGAGAGGGACUGCAACUUUAAAUGCACCCCGCUCACACUUGAUUCAAGUGGCCAUGACUUACAUGGUGUAAAUGAGUUGAUUUAUAGUAGAUGCUUAAUCCAGAAAUAAGCUGAUUUAGCUUUGUUAUGAAGAUAAGGGCUGUUAACUUGGUGGCUGUUAGUUUUAUCCACACACAUGCUCUUCAUUGUUGGUACCGAUUUUGACAUCUUUGAUUGCCCAUCUUUUGAGAUGUAGUUAUUUGUAAUGGAUGGGCGUAUUAUGUAGACUGCUUGAAUUAUGGGUUCGGCAGUAAACCUAAACCAUAGUCAUAUACUUUUUGCAUACUGCCAAAGUUUGAAUGGAUAUAACAUAGCCUGGUUAUUGAGCUACAAUGAUGAAAGGAAAUUCAAAUUUAUCUUUGUUUA